AUGAGUGACGAUGCUGAAAUUACAGUUCCGGAGUCAAAGAAAUCCGAACUUAGUGGUUUCUUGAAGACUCUUUCUACCUUUACAGGAGAUAUUUAUGGUUUAACGUGUCCCAGUUUCUUGCUUUCUGGUGUUUCUACGUUGGAAUAUGGUCAAUAUUGGGCCGAUUAUCCAGAACUUUUUGCAGACAUUGCAAAACCAAAAAGUGAAGUUGAAAGAGCCGUAGCGGUCCUUAAAUGGUUUGUUAGUACAUUAUACGGAUCAUUUGCAUCCAGAAAAGAUAAAGAUAAAAUUGAAAAGAAGCCGUUCAACCCAAUUCUCGGCGAACAAUUCCUAGCAAGGUGGAAUAGCCGGAAUGGUUGUGGCGAGACUAUCCUGUUUUCAGAACAAGUGAGUCAUCAUCCACCGGUUUCUGCCAUAUAUCUUGAAAAUAGCAAAGCAGGCGUGACGGCGAAUGGUCAUACCGGUCAAAAAAGUACUUUUAGAGCCACUUAUGCACGUAUUGAUGUUACGCAAGUGGGUCAUAUAAUCGUUCGCACGAGAGAUCAUCCUGACAAAUAUUUGAUCACGUUACCGUCCUUACAAAUUCUUGGAUUAUGGAGAGGCGCUCCAUAUGUAGAAUUGAGCGGCAUAAGUGUGAUUCAAUCUCAGAACUACAAUAUAGUUAUUGAGUUCAGUGGUAAAGGUUGGAUCUCGGGUCAGAAACACACAUUUAACGCUGUAGUACGCAAAAAUGGUGAAAAUACUCCUCUUUAUACGGUUAAUGGAGAUUGGUCAGGGAAAUCUGUUAUAGAGAAAAAUAAAACAAAAGAGAAGGCCGAAUUCAUUGACAUAGAGGGGUCAAAAAGGGCUGAACCCGUCAUCGCACCAGUAGAAGAACAAAAUCCUUUGGAGAGCAUAAACUUAUGGCAAUAUGUUGCAAAGGCAAUCAACGAAGGAGAUUUCGUGACGGCUUCUAAAUUAAAGGGCGAGAUAGAGCAAAAACAACGCGACAAAGUAAAACGUGGAGAAAAAGUUGUUCUCCAAUAUUUUGAUUAUAUACCUGAUGACAAAGAAUUUCUUAGACUCGACGAAUUGAUUGAUGGAAAGUUUCGAUUAGGCGAUAAUAAUAAGGAAACUGGAAGUUGGGUUUAUAAAAAAUUGUUAUAUGAUAGUAAGGAAGAUGGGAUUAUUUAA